UAUUGGACUGCGAGCCAGGUUCGACUCGUCGCAUGACGCGCGUCACAGGUCGUCUUGCGUGAACCCACCCUCUGCUUGUAAUCCGGCACAAAUCCUAAUAUCUUAUCGUUUACUUUCCCCCUUUAUAAAGAAACAAUUCCUUCCCCACUCUAUUCCCAGUUCCUUCUAUGCUUCUGAUUCCAAAACUUCCAUUCCCGAAUAGAUCGAUCCUAAGAUAGAGAUUGAUAUGGGAGUGAUUCGCAACACGGAGAGCUUAGAGGCGGAGGUGGAGGAGUUCCGGGAGAAGCUCCUGCUGGGAACGGGAACCGCUCCGUGGAAGCGCGGCCCUAACGCUGCCCGCCGAGGAUCCGACGGCGACGAAUUAGCCGGCGACAGCCGCAUGGUCUGCGUCACCAGCGCCGUGUCUUUUCUCGGCUUCGCCAUCGUCUCCCGCCUCUGCUCCCGGGGUUAUUCCGUCCGCCUCGCUCUCGAAAACCAAGAAGAUGUAGAAAAGCUGAGGGAGUUGCAGAUGUUCGAUGAGAUGGAGGAGCGCGUUUCUUCUGUGAUAGCAAGCUUUAUGGAUGUGGAGAGUCUAUGUAGAGCAUUUGAUGGAUGCAUUGGUGUUUUUCACACCUCCAGCUUCAUUGACCCUGGUGGGGUGUCCGGCUACACCAAACACAUGGCAGAGCUUGAAUCCAGAGCAGCAGAACGAGUGAUAGAAGCCUGUGUGAGAACUUCAAGUGUUAGGAAAUGCGUGUUCACAUCCUCUUUGUUAGCCUGCGUUUGGAGAGAGAAUUCAGCCCUCAACCAACAACUCGCCAGAUUCAUCGUUAAUGAAAAUUGCUGGAGCAAUGAAGGGAGGGAAAAGAAGCUAUGGUUUGCACUAAGCAAGACAAUGGCAGAGAAGGCAGCAUGGAGAGCUGCUCGCGGAAGGAAUCUGAAGAUGGUGACAGUAUGUCCGGCCCUUCUUACUGGCCCCGGCUUUCGCCGCCGGAAUUCCACAGCAUCCAUUGCUUACCUCAAAGGAGCUCAAGAGCUAUUCACUGAUAGAACGUUAGCAACAGUGGAUGUCAACAAGGCUGCAGAUGCACACAUAUGCAUCUAUGAGGCCAUGGGUAGAGGUGCGGCUUGCGGCCGCUACUUGUGCUUCGACCAUGUCAUUCAGAGAGUCGAAGAAGUUGUUGAGUUGGAACGGCAGCUUGGGCUCCCGAGCAGGAUAUCUUUAACCACAGUUGAUGUUGGUGCUGACCAUCCGAGUUGGAUUGAGCUUAGUAGAGGGAAACUUUCAAGGUUGAUGUCUUCAAUGAGAAGGUGCAUAUAUUAUAAUUAUAUUUUCUGAAUUGUCCUCUAUAAGGUGAGACUAUGAGGAGUUUGAUAUGAUUCAUGUGUUUGAUGUUCCAUUAGAUGUAUGAGUGUGAUGCUUAUCAUGCUGAAGGGAAAUAAUUUGCAUGAGAAAUUAGAGUGGCUGACUGGUUGUACAGAGUAAAACUAUUAAGUAAAGCCAGAGAUUCAGUUUGGAAUAGGAAAAUGAAGAAAUCUUUUUAUUUAACGUAAUAUCAUUCAUGAAUUAUAUAAAGAGAUAGAUGCAAACCCAGCUGCUUAAUUGGAAGUAUUAUCUUGCUGAAUUGAAUGGGUUGAA